AAUAUUUGCUCCCGUGGCGUGUGCACGUUCAGUCAGCGACUGACUCGUUCAAUAGUAUUUCCAUCUGUCAGUGACUUCCUGACAACUGUAGCUAAAAUAUGUCAAAGUUAGAGCAGAUUCUUGUUCUCGAUCCUCCGUCUGACCUCAGAUUUAAAGGUCCUUUUACAGAAGUCAUCACCACCAACCUGAAGCUGAAGAACCCGUCUGAUAGGAGAGUAUGUUUCAAAGUAAAGACCACAGCUCCCAGGAGAUACUGUGUACGGCCCAACAGCGGCAUCAUAGAUGCAGGCGCCACCGUCACCAUCUCUGUAAUGCUCCAGCCCUUUGACUACGACCCCAACGAGAAAAGUAAACACAAAUUCAUGGUCCAGAGUAUCUUUGCUCCUCCUAAUGAGUCUGAACUCGAUGCUAUGUGGAAAGAUGCGAAACCCGAUGACCUCAUGGAUUCCAAGCUGAGAUGUGUAUUCGACCUGCCUCCUGAAAACGAUAGAGUGAAUGACGUGGAAGGGAGCACCGACGUUGCGGCGCCCGUGCAGAACUCGUCCAAGGCGGCGCCCGUGCAGAACUCGUCCAAGGCGGUGGACGUUCCCGUGGCGAAGGCGGCGGCGAAGACGGUCAGCGCCUCGCUGGACGACUCAGAGAUGAAGAAACUAUCAGAGGAGUGCAGGAGACUGCAGGCUGACAUGGGCAAACUGACCGAGGAGAACAGACAACUCAAGGACGACGGUGUUAGAAUGAGAAGAGCUGCCCAGCAUUCCGAUCACAUGACAUCAAAUCAGACAGGCUCUUCCUCCUCCAUGAUGCAACACACCGCCGCAGCGUCCCUGCCCUCCCUCAUCGUCGUCAUAGCAGCCAUCUUCAUCGGCUUCUUCAUGGGGAAGUUUAUCUUGUAGACUGGGGUUGGCUCUGGAAUGGCACCCCAUUCCCCUUGACCAGGGCCCUCGUGCGGAUGAGUCCCGUAGGGCUCUGGUCAAACGGUAGUGCACUACAUGGGGAAUAGGGUGCCAUUUGGGAUGUUGCGUUCUGAGAGACGCACAACGCCUGCCGUAUCCCACGACAAUCCCUCUGCUCCGGAAUCAAAAGGCCUGGAGGGAACUGACUAGUGAAGAUGUAUUUCUGUUGACUUAGACAUAUCAGAAGUAGUGCUGUGAACCUCCAUUUGUCUGCAGUGACCAUGUCUGUCUGGUCUCUCUGUCUGUCUGGUCUCUCUGUCUGUCUGGUCUUUGUCUGUCUGUACCAGGGCCCCGCUGCCUUUUUACAAGGUCUGACACAUGGCUAGUACACACACACACACCCACACACACACACACACACACACACACACACACACAGAGAGAGAGGGAAGGGAUAUUCCUUGAUGGAUGAACAGACAGGAUUGUGGAGGGGUAUGAUGGUUAUAUCCUAAAUGACACCCUAUUCCCUAUAUAGUGCACUACUUUAGACCAAAGCCCUGUAAUGCCCUUGGUACCCUGGUAAAAAGUUAGCGCACUAAAAAUGGAAUAGGCUGCUAUUUAGGACAUACAGGAAGAAGUACACUACCAAUCAACAUGGAGGACAGUUUACCUUGCAUCCCAAACGGCACACUAUCCCCUAUGUAGUGCACUACUUUUGAUAAGAGACGCUACUAAUUGAGCCCAGGUCUACAGUAGUCUGGUCCUAACCUCCAGUCCUCAGCCCCAGGCUAUAGUAGCCUGGUUCUAACCUCCAGUCCUCAGUCCCAGGAUAUAGUAGCCUGGUCCUAACCUCCAGUCCUCAGUCCCAGGAUAUAGUAGCCUGGUCCUAACCUCCAGUCCUCAGCCCCAGGCCAGGACAUAGUAGCCUGGUCCUAACCUCCAGUCCUCAGUCCCAGGCCAAGACAUAGUAGCCUGGUCCUAACCUCCAGUCCUCAGCCCCAGGCCAGGACAUAGUAGCCUGGUCCUAACCUCCAGUCCUCAGCCCCAGGCCAGGACAUAGUAGCCUGGUCCUAACCUCCAGUCCUCAGUCCCAGGCCAAGACAUAGUAGCCUGGUCCUAACCUCCAGUCCUCAAUCCCGGGCCAGGACAUAGUAGCCUGGUCCCAGAUCUGUUUGCGCUGUCUGGUUCCUACUCCCUAGUGCUCUAGGGAGUAAGGUAUCAUUUGACUCCUAGAGUCGCUGUGGGCCUGAAGCAGUGGAAUAAACCAAGUGUUCUCUGUC